AUGGUCUCCACGAAUAUUGCUGCUACUACUCUUGGCUUAUUUAAAAAUUUUAGUACUCUUAAUAAAUCUUAUGCUAACAAAUACCACGCUGAAGCUAGUAACGAAAUUAUAGCAAAUAGCCUCUCGGAUAAUAAAGUACAGGAUAAUUAUAAAGCACAGGAUUUGAUCCAUAAUAAUUUUCAGCCGCAAUUAAUAAGAACCAAACCUCAUGCUAAAGUAGAGAUGAUAGAGAAGAAUAUUGCCAGUGCUGAUAAUGUAAUAAGUAAAGAUACCAGUAGUCAAGGGGAAUUUAGUAGCACUAAUUCUUUACUGAGCCUAUAUCCCCUUGGAGCGGCAAGAGCGCAACUUCACGCUACUUAUAUCAUCUCACAAACUGAUGACAGUAUUAUUAUUAUAGAUCAGCAUGCUGCUCAUGAACGUUUAGGGUAUGAGAAAAUUAAACAAAUGAUUAGUAAUAACGGAUUAAUUAAACAGCGAUUAUUAAUUACAGAAAUAAUAGAAUUACCUGAUGAAAAUCGAGCAAAUUUGCUAUAUAACCAUAAAGAGGAUUUAUCUAAAUUAGGUUUAAGUAUAGAAAAAUUUAGUGAUCGAUCAAUUAUAGUAUCAGAAGUUCCAAGCUUGCUAGAAGAUAUUAAUAUCGUGCAAUUAAUUCAAGAUUUAGGAGAUAAUUUAUCUGAACUUGGAGAAAAUAUUUCCUUGAUUCAAUUGAUUGAACAUGUUACAGAAACAUAUGCGUGUCAUUAUUCGAUCCGAGCUGGUAGAAAAUUAUCGGCGGACGAGAUGAAUGAAUUAUUACGACAAAUGGAAGAAACGCCCUUUUCCGGUCAGUGUAAUCAUGGAAGACCAACUUAUAUUGAACUUAAACUUAAAGAUAUAGAACGUUUAUUUGGUCGUACGUAA